AUGGAGAGAAAAAAUAAGGCUUAUGGAAAAUAAUUUAUGACAAUAUAAAACUUUAAUUUUAACAUCAAUCAGUAGUGGAGGAGUCUUAUAUAAUUAGAAUGGAAGAAACGAGGGGUUUUGGAGAAAAUUAUAUAAAUUAAUAGGACCGUAUAAUAAUUUUAAUAAAAAUAAAGUCAAAUUUUUGUAGUUCUUGAAGAAUAAUAUAAUGAUGGCAAAAAAUAAGAUUAAUGGAAUUAUGUAUGGAUUGAACCUUUGAAUAGAAAUAAUUAUGUAUGAUAUUUAGAAAUGUUUUAGAGGUGGUAGGAAUUAUAACAUUGAAGAGUAAAAAUAAGGUUAAUGGAAGACUUUAAACAAAAAAUUUACAGAGUAUAUAUAACUUUAAGGUUUAGAGAUUUCUAACUUAUUUAUACUGGACUUUAUUGUAGUGGUAUUAAACAAGGUUAGUGGGAUAUUUAUUUUAGAAGAAAUCAAAAAGCAAGCUUAAAAAGACUGUUUAAAAUUAUAUAUUUAAAUUUUUAGUGGAGGAGGGCUUUAUGAAAAUGGAGCGAAAAUUUAAAAAUGGUCAAAUAAUUUUUCAGAGUUUACCUAAAUAAUAUUUAAAAAAUUGUAAAAUUUUAGUUUGUGGAAGUUAUAAUUGGGGUAUAAAAUAAAGAGAAUGGUUAUACGAAUAGAUUAAGAAUCAUUUUAAGGAUAAAAUAAAUAUUGUAAUUUAUCUUAAUAAUUUAUAAGACCAGGAGGAAACUAAAAUAAUUAUGGUUAGAAAGUGGAAAAUUGGAUAGAAUUACAUGAAGAUUAUCACGAGCAAGUGUUAAAUUUUUAGAAUUUGAAAUUGAUUAAGAAAUGGAUAACAAAAUAUAGAUAUAUUGAAAAUGAUUAAUUUGAGAUAUUGUAAUUAUUAAUACUUAUUAAUAAUUUAGAGGAUGAGGUGAAUAUGAUUUAAAUGGAUUAAAAUAAGGUUAGUGGUAUGAUUUAAUUAAGCAUUUUUUUUUUUCUUAAUGGAAAUUAUUCUGUAAAUAGAUUAUAAGGUUAAUUUAAAAUGCAAUAUUGGGGUACAUUGGAAUCUAAUUCAGAGUUUGAGAAUUAAUGUAAUUAUAACAAAAAAAAAAUCUAGAGGACAAGGAUUUAUAUAAAAAGGGAAGAAAGAGGGAUAUUUCAUAGAAGUAGGGAAUAAUUUUAGUGAGUAUUACAAUAUUCAAUUUAAGGAUCUGUUAAAUUUGAUUUAAAGGUAAUUAUGAGGAAGAUUUAAAAGAAGGAAAAUGAGAAAUAUUAUUUCGAAAUUCAAAAAUUAAAGUUUCUUUUAAAUGUAUUAUAUAAUACUUUAAAUUUAUAGGAGGAGGUAUUUUUUAAAAAAGGGACAAAAAUAAAUUAAUGGAUAGAUGUAAUUAAUUAAUGUACAUCAAGAGAGAGAUCGAGAGAAUAAUAAUAAUGUAUUUUAAGAGUUUAUAAUUAAAAGAGAGCAAAAUUAAUACAAUUAGUAAGGAAAAAGGCAUGAUUUCUGGUGUGAAUUUGUAAUAAAGGAUUUAAGUAAGUUUAAUUUACUUACUUACUUUUAGAAAUUUGAUAAUGAAUAUAAGAGGAAUCAUGAAGAUGAUAAAAAGGUCACAAAUUGGGUUUCCUUAUAUCACAAUACACAAUAACCAAACUUUAUGAAAAGAAGUGUAAUUAAAAAAUGA